UUGAACAUGGACAGAACCAAUAAUUCAAACGCUAUUUCAGAUAAUUUGCCUCUUAAUUUGGGUUUUGGUAUCACUGAAAUCAAUACUGCCACACUUGUGUAUUCACUUGUAUUUACUAUCGUUGCACUCUUCACAACCCCAAUUGCAAAAUACUUUGGCCCUCACAAAUGGAUGGUAUGGCUCAUGUCCGCUUGGGCUGAUUUCAAAGGUUAUCUUAUUGUCCGCUUAUUUAUUGCAUUUACUGAAGCAGGAUUCAUUCCCGCAUCUUUACUUUACCUUAACACAUGGUAUAAGAGCUCUGAGUUGGCUACACGAUUAACUUGGUUUUGGGCUGUUCAGUGGUUAGCCUCUGCUUUUUCUGGUUUAAUUUCGUUCGGUAUCUUUAAUUUAUCUGGUGUCGGUGGUCUCUAUGGUUGGCAAUGGCUUUUUAUCAUUGAUGGUAUUUUCACUCAUGUCAUUGGCGCUAUUGCUUUCUUGUAUAUUCCUGCAAGUCCUUUUAAAACAUCAGGAUAUCUUCGUGGUAAAAAUGGAUGGUUCACCGAGCGCGAAGCCAAUAUUGCUGUUACCCGACUUAUUCGUGACGAUCUCUCCAAAUCUGGCCAACAGAAAAAGCUUACAUGGCAUGAUGUCAAGAUCACUGCGCUCGAUUCCAAAUUAUGGACACACAUUUGCAUCACAUUUUUAAGUAUGAUGCCUAACACUCCCGUGAAUACUUAUCUUCCUACCCUGAUCAAAGAUUUUGGUUUCCCAGUCACUACCAGUAACUUGCUUACAGUCCCUCCUUUUAUUAUCAGUCUUAUCGUUUCGGUUUUUGUUGCGAAUAGUGCAGACAAGAGAGGAAGUUACGGUUUACAUGCUAUCUUCGGCUGCGUUUGGUCAAUGGCUGGUUUCCUCGCUCUUGAACUUAUGAGCAACAACAGCGGUCGUUGGAGCUUUUAUGUUGCUGCCUUGUUCAUUUCCUCCACGCCCUCUUUCCACGGUUUACAUAUUGCUUGGAUGUCAACUAAUUUAGCGCCUAAUGGAAAACGUACUAUUGCAUUGGGUACUAUUGUUGGUUUUGCUAAUUUAUGUGGUAUUCCUGGUUCUCAAAUCUAUCAACAAAACGAUUCACCCAGAUUUUUCAAAGGUAACUGGAUUAACUUUGGGCUUAUGGCUGCAUCCGCCUUGCUUCUGGCCUUCCAACACACACGAUACUUAUUGACAAACAAGUCUCGUGAAAAGAAGUGGAACGCACUUACCGAUAGUGAAAAGAAGGAAUACAACAAAAAUACAAAAGAUGAGGGAUCGAACCGUUUGGAUUACAGAUUCAGAGUUUAAAUAACGCACUAUUCAAAAAAAACACACUACUUGUACAUACGAUAUUCCAAUUACUGUUACAGCUUUUAAAGCUUUAUACAUACCCCAUUUUCUUAAUUUAAUAAAACCAAAUGCUAUUUCUUAUUUUUACUCAAACUACUUCAAAAAAAAACUUGGCGAUUGACUCAAAAACAGGGGGGGCAGAUACCUCUUUUUUUCCUUUUACAGCCG